GGGGAUGAAGGCUCGGGGAGCAGGAAAUUUGCAGCAAGAGACUUCCAUUUGGAGGGAGAGGUGGCAGAGAAGGCAGACAAUUGCUGCCUGGAUGGGAGACUAAUUGGGGUGGUGCAGGAGAGAGAUCCAGCCAGCACUGGGGAGCAAAAGGGGGUCUGUGCCUCUGAUCUCAUGAGGAUCCCCCCAACCCAGCCAGGAUCAGGACAGCCUCGUGAGCAUUCAUUUUACUUGGAGUAAGCGUAUGCCUGACUCUCGACAGCCAGCGGGCAAUAACCCACCAUCCAGUGAACUAUAUCCCAGUUCCAGUCCCUUUGCACUGCCGUACGAUCGAGAUGAAAGACAAGUCCACGGGGAUUGCUGCAGAAGCCGGUUGUGUGGAGCUAGAGCUUCAAGGGGAAAAUGGUACAAUCUGCAAGUAUCACCAAUCCAUCUUCACCUCCAAAAAACACUUCCCCCACCUCUUUGUUGAGUGGGCUCCAUCAGAAAAGCUGCUUUCACAAGGUCAUCCAUCUCGACAGCUCACUGGGGCUGCAGAAGUGAGGAUUGCAAGUGGCAGGGAGGAGAGAAGCAUUCAUCUAAAUGUGCACCAGGGAGUACUUGAAAGGCUUGGCCAGCUGUUCUCCUGCACUUCAUCUGGAAAAAUAAGAUAAGGGUUGAUUUCUAGCAACUUGGGCUAAGCCACUGGGAAUCCGCAUUCCCUCUUUACCCAGCCCUUCGUUUCUAAUCCUCUGGUCAACGCAGGAGAGAUGGCAGCUAAGCUCCAGGUGGUGUUUGAGGAUGUGGCGCUGUACUUCACGCGGAAGGAGUGGGCGCUGCUGGAAGAUGGAGACAAAGCGCUUUAUCGGGAGCAGAUGCUGAGGAAUUACCAAGCCCUCGUUUCAUUAGGACAUCGAGGUCCCACGCCGGACUUAAUCUGCCGCAUCCAGCGAGGGGAAGUGGAGCUCAGUGUCCAUGACCAUGAGGACUCUGGAGAAAGUGCACUGUCUGAAGGCUCGUUCCCAGGUGCGAUGUCAGAACCAGAUCCUUCCAUCUUCGCCACCUACAGCCGGGCUGCUAACUGGACCCACGAGGAGAUGAAGGACCUUCUCACCAUUUGGGGCCGGGAGGAGAACCAGCAGGCCCUCCGCAAGAGCCACCGCAACAAGGAGGUCUUCCAGCAGAUUGCCGUGGAGAUGACCGCCUGUGGCCACCACCGGGACUGGGAGCAGUGCCGCACCAAAACGAAGUGGAUGAAGUCCUGCUAUAAGAAGGUCCGGGACAAGAACCGGAGCUGCGGGGGCACCAGGUACACCAUGUCCUUUUACAGGGAGCUGGCCCACAUCCUCAAGGAUGACUGUGGCGUGCAUACCAGCAGCACCUUUGGCCCUCGGCCGUUAAAGAGGGUCAGAGAACAGAAGAGUCCCCCUGUAGAUCAGGAGGGCCUGGGAGACCUUGCUACAGAUGGGGCAUGGUGGGUGCCAGAAGAUGAAUCGAUGUCCCAAGAGCUGCUUGUAAGCCAGGUCCCAGACACAGAGGAACGGGACACAGGGGACACCAUAACUGAGCCACAGGAUGUGAACAACAGUGGCACGCCAUCAAGGUGGCAGACAUCUCUGGAAAUGGUCUCUGUCCCCAUGCCACCCUUGAUCCCAGAAGACUGCAGUGACACUGCCGAACCAGUAACCCUCUUUCCCACGCGUGUGCCAAGGAUGGCCCAUGCGCCUAUCUUGAUGGGUGCCUCACAGCCUGUGCCACCAACCCAGCUCUCCACACCCAAACCUCCAAGUCCCAGUGGCAAGAGGGCUGUACCCAACUGCCAGGCCAUGGCAGAUGCUGGCACAAUGUUGGAACCAGCUCCUUCCCUCUCUACCACUUCCAGCCGGUCUGCUAACUGGACACAUGAGGAGAUGAAGGACCUUCUGGCCAUCUGGGGCAAGGAGCAGAACCAGCAAGCUCUCCGCAAGACCCACCAAAACAAGGAGGUCUUCCAGUGGAUCGCUGCAGAGAUGACCGCCUGUGGCCACAACCGGGACUGGGUGCAAUGCCGCUCCAAAACGAAGUGGAUGAAGUCCUGCUAUAAGAAGGUCCGGGACAAGAACCGGAGCUGCGGGGGCACCAGGUACACCAUGUCCUUUUACAAGGAGCUGGCCCGCAUCCUCAAGGAUGAUGGUGGUGUGCAGGCCACAAACACCUUUGAUGCCAGUUGGGCAAGGACAGGCAUAGAGAAGCAUGUUCUCCUGCAAAAGCAGGAGCAGAAAGACUUCGGAGACCCUGCAGCAUCUGGGGUGUGGCUGGAGCCGGAGGAAAAAUCAACGUCCCAGGGACUGUCCAUAAAGCCGGACCCCGACGAAGAGGAGGAGAACGCAGCGGGCAGCUCCGCUGACACCUUUGCCAAGCCGCAGGGCGUGGAUGACGAUGCCCCAGAGUCCAUACCACAGAUAGCCCUGGAAGUGGUCCCUACACCAGAGGACAGCGGCAAACCUGGAAGUCCAGACACAUCCUUUCCCUCUUCUGUGCCAAGGGUGCUCUGGGCCUUUUCUUUGACAGACACCUCGCAGCCCACAUCGCCAAGCCAGCUCCAUGCACCCACACUUCCUGGCACUUGUGGUGAAGGGGGUGCAUCCAACCCCCAAGUUGUUACUGAUACUGGUAUGGUGUCCGAACCAGCUCCAUCCCCCUCCACCACCUACAUUCGGUCCUAUAACUGGACACAGGCAGAGAGAAGGGACCUCCUGGCCAUCUGGGGCAGAGAGGAGAACCAGCAGGCCCUCCGCAAGAGCCACCGCAACAAGAAGGUCUUCCAGAGGAUCGCUGCGGAGAUGACAGUCCGGGGCCACAACCGAGACUGGGAACAGUGUCGCUCCAAAACCAAGUGGAUGAAGUCCUGCUAUAAGAAGGUACAGGACAAGAACCGGAGCUGUGGGGGCACUGGGCACACCAUGCCCUUUUACAGGGAGCUGGCCCGCAUCCUCAAGGGUGAUCAGUCUGGCAACACCUUUGGCCCCAGGUGCCCGAGGAUGGGCACAGAACAGCCAGCUGCUUCCAAAGAGCAGGAAGCCCCAAGGCAUCCUGCUGCAGCUGGGACGCCAUUAAAGCUGGAGGAAGAUUCAAUCUCCCAGGAGCUGCUCAUCAGCCAGGUUAUUGAUACCAAACAAGACGGCGGGAACAACUCCACUGACACGGUGGCUGAGGCACAGGAUGUGGAUGACAACUCCGCUUUGUCAAGGUCCUGGACAGCCCCAGGAAUGGUCCCUGCCCCACCACUGCCCUCAAACCUGGAAGAUGAUAGCAAAUCUGGUGACCCCAAGACCCCCUUUCCCAUGUCCGUGCCUGGCGUGCUCUGCACUCCUUCCUCGACAGGUGCCUCGCAGGCUGUGCCACCGGGCUGGCUCCCCACACCCGCUUCCCCCAGCCCCGGGAGUGAGAGGAUUGCGCCCGAUUCGCAGGCCAUGGUGGACACUGGCACGAUGUUGGAACUAGCUCCUUCGCCCUCCACCACCUACAGCCGGUCUGCCAACUGGACAGAGGCAGAGACAAAGGACCUCUUGGCCAUCUGGGGCAAGGAGGAGCACCAGCAAGCCCUCCGCAAGAGCCACCGCAACAAGGAGGUCUUCCAGCAGAUUGCUGCAGAGAUGACCACGCGAGGCCAUAACCGGGACUGGCAGCUGUGCCGCUCCAAAAUAAAAUGGAUGCAGUGCUGCUAUAAGAAGGUCUGGGACAAGAACCGGAGUGGCAGGGGCACCGAAUGCACCAUGCCCUUUUACAGGGAGUUGGCCCACAUCCUCAAGGAGGAUGGUGUGUGUUACAGAAACACCUUUGCCUCCAGAGGUGCGAGUUUGGGUGCUGAACAGCAAGCUGCCACUGAGGAAGAGGGAGGCCCAAAAGACUCUGGUGCAGCCAAGACGUGGCUGAAGCUGGAAGAGGAAUCGAUGCCCCAGAAACUCUUGGUGAACCAGGUCCAAGAUGCAGAGGAACAGGAUGGAGCUGGGAUCUCCAACGACACCAUAACUGAGGCGCAGGACGUGAUGGAUGAGACUGCACCAUCAAAGUCACAGCUGAUCUCAGAAAUCGUCUGUUUCUCCCCACUGCCCUCAACCCCGAAUGAUCACGGUGAUACUGCUGACCUGGAGACACCCUUUCCCAUUUGUGCGCCAAAGAUGCUCCGUUCUUCUUCCUCAAGGGACACUUCACAGCCCAUGCAGACAAGCCAGCUCCCCGCACCCAUGCCUCCUAGUCUCAGCGGCAAGAAGACUGCGCCCAAUUCCCAGAGCACCACAGACACUGGCUCAAUAUCAGAACCAGCUCCUUCCCCCUCUGCCACCUACAGCCGGUCUGCUAAUUGGACUCAUGAGGAAACGAAGGACCUCCUGGCCAUCUGGGGCAAGGAGGAGAACCAGCAGGCCCUCUGCAAGAGCCACCGCAACAAGGAGGUCUUCCAGCGGAUCGCCGCGGAGAUGACCGUGCGGGGUCAUCACCGGGACUGGGAGCAGUGCCGCACCAAAACGAAGUGGAUGCAGCACUGCUAUAAGAAGGUCCGGGACAGGAACCGGAGCUGUGGGGGCACCCGAUAUACCAUGCCCUUUUACAAGGAGCUGGCCCGCAUCCUCAAGGGUGUCCGUUCAGGGAAGACCUUUGACCCUUUUUGGUUGAGGGUGGGCACAGCUCUGGAAACUGCCCCUGAAGAGCAUGCAGGGCAGGAGGGCUUGGGAGAGCCUGCUGCAGCCAGGACGUGGUGGGAGCUUGACGAGGAAUCGCUGUCCCAGGAACUCUUUACAAACCAGGUGCAAGAAACGGGGGAAGAGGAGAUGGAGGAGAGCUCCAGCGACAGCACAGUCAAGCCACCGGAUGAGGGUGAUGAUGCUGCACCAUCACAGUCACAGCUGACCUCAGAAAUGGUUUCUUCCCCGACACUGCCCUCAACCCUGGAUGAUCCUAGUGAAAUUGCUGAUGUGGAGAUGUCCUUUCCCAUCCGUGGGCCUAAGAUGCUCCAUUCUCCUUCCUCAAGGGACACUUUGCAGCCCGUGCUACCAAGCCAGCUUCCCGCGCUCGCGACUCCUGGUCUCACCAGCAAGAGGAAUGCGACCAGUUCCCAGACCACCGUGGACACUGGCACGCAGUCAGAGCCUGCUUCUUCCCCCUCCACCACCUACAGCCGGUCUGCUAAUUGGACGCAUGAGGAGACGAGGGACCUCCUGGCCAUCUGGGGCAAGGAGGAGAACCAGCAGGCCCUCCGCAAGAGCCACCGCAACAAGGAGGUCUUCCAGCGGAUCGCCGCAGAGAUGACCGUGCAUGGCCACCACCGGGACUGGGAGCAGUGCCGCACCAAAACGAAGUGGAUGCAGCACUGCUAUAAGAAGGUCCGGGACAAGAACCGGAGCGGCGGGGGCCCCCGAUAUACCAUGCCCUUUUACGGGGAGUUGGUCCGCAUCCUCAGUGGCGACCGCGGCGUGCAUUCCAGCAACACCUUCGCCACUAGGUGCGUGAAGAUGCACACAGGCCUGGAAGCUGCCCCCAAAGAGCAGGAUGGCUUCGGGGACCCUGCUGCAGCCAGCACGUGGUGGGAGCCAGAGGAGGAAUCGAUGUCUCAGGAGCUGUUCGCCAGCCAUUUCCUAGAUUCGGAGGAGCAGGACAACUCUACCGAUACCGUGGUAGAGACGCGAGAUGUGGACAAUGAUGCUGCGCUGUCGAGGUCGUCGAUGGCUUCGGGAAUGGUCCCUGUCCCUCCGCUGCUGUCAACCCCAGAGGAUCACAGCAAAGCUGGUGACCCAGGGUCCCCCUUUUCCCCAUCUGUGACGAGGUUGCUUUGGGCUCCUUCACCUGGCACCGUGCAGCCCGUGUCACCAAGCCAGCUCUGCACACCCAGGGUCCCCUCACCACUGGGUCUAGGAGGCGUAUCUGACCCCCUGGCCAGCACGGACACGGGUACAAUGUCAGAACCAGCUCCAUCCCCCUCCACCACCUACAGCCGGUCUGCUAACUGGACGCAUGAGGAGACAAAGGACCUCCUGGACAUCUGGGGCCGGGAGGAGAACCAGCAAGCCCUGCGCAAGAGCCACCGCAACAAGGAGGUCUUCCAGCAGAUCGCCGCGGAGAUGACCGCCCGGGGCCACCACCGGGACUGGGAGCAGUGCCGCACCAAAACGAAGUGGAUGCAGCACUGCUAUAAGAAGGACUGCAGCGGUGGGGCCACCGGGCACACCAUGCCCUUCCACAGGGAGCUGGCCGACAUCCUCGGUGAGGACCGCGGCGUGCAUUCCAGCAACACCUUUGCCACCAGGUGUCGGAAGACAGGCCCGGCGCUGGAAGCUGCCCCCAAAGAGCAGGAUGGCCUAGGGGACCCCACUGCAGCCACUGCAUGGUGGGAGCUAGAGGAGGAAUCGAUGUCCCAUGAUCUGCUCCUGAACCAGGUCCAAGACGCAGAAGAGCAGAGCCCUGGGGAGAACUCUAAUGACACACUAGUUGAGCGACAAGACCUAGAUGAUGACGCUACACCAUCCAAAUCACAAAUUUCUCCAAAAAUGGCCCCUUUCCCCUCGCGACCCUCAACCCCGGAAGAUCACAGCCUCGUUCCCAACCUGGAGACCUCCUUCCCCACAUAUGUACCAAAAAUGCUGCAUUCUCAUUCCCUGAUGGGCACCUCUCAGCCCAUGCCACCAGGCCAGCUCCCCCCAUCAAUACUUCCUGGUCCUCGUGGUGAGAGGACUGCACCCAGCUCUCAGGCCACCACAGACAUUGGCACAAUGUUGGAACCAGCUCCGUCCCCCUCCACCAUUUACAGCCGGUCUGCUAACUGGACGCAGGUGGAGACGAGGGACCUCCUGGCCAUCUGGGGCAGGGAGGAGAACCAACAAGCCCUGCGCAAGAGCCACCGCAACAAGGAGGUCUUCCAGCAGAUUGCCCUGGAAAUGACCGCCCGGGGCCACCACCGGGACUGGGAGCAGUGCCGCACCAAAACAAAGUGGAUGCAGCACUGCUAUAAGAAGGUCCGGGACAGGAACCGGAGCGGCGGGGGCUCCCGAUAUACCAUGCCCUUUUACAGGGAGUUGGCCCGCAUCCUCAGUGACAGCCGUGCUGUGCAUACCAGCAAUAACUUGGAUGCCCGAUGGGCGAGAACAGAUGCAGAACAGCAGACUAUGCCAAAGAGCAGGAGGAGCCGGAGAGCCUCAGGGACCCCACUGCUGCCGGGGCAUUGCAGGAGCCGGAGGAGGAACCGAUGUUCCAAACCUGUUCGUGAAUCGGGUCCCAGACACUUCAGACCCCCUCACUGAUGGGUUAGUUGUGCACCUUUCUUGGGCAUCCCAACCUAGUUUCUGUGUGGCGUUCUGCAAUCCCAGCACUCGAUCGAGGUGGCCAGGUAGUGAUGGCAGAUGAUCUAGUUGGGGAUGGUCCUGCUUUGAGCAGUGGGUUGUACUAGAUUACCUGAGGUCCCUUCCAACCUUCAUUUUCUAUGAGUUUAUAUUGCUGUUCCUGCUCCGGGUGGAAAGAGGAUGUAGGAUGGGAAGAUCAUCCAGUGUUCACCCACCAAUGCAAGGCAAGUGUGGUGGUGGUGGAAGGUCACGGCAUGGGUGUGCCCAAGGUUGGCGGGGGGAUCCUACCACCAGGUCCCCACCAGGCAAGAGCCACGUUCAUCAGCUCCAGGUCUUCAGGAACGAGGUGGCUGCACAUGCAAGUUGAGGUAGCUUUUAAGCAUUUGCCUCCCAUUCAAAGGGAUGCCUAGCUUCUCCCCCGACCCCUGUGAGCUGGUGAUUCCCUUCCAAGACCCGCAGUCAUCUUGCAGAAGCUAGAAGGUUGUUCUUGGAUGCCCCUUGUCCAUGUAGACAGCUCCUGCUGGCGAUGCAGUGAGACUCCCGCAAGGAGAAGGAACAAGCUGGCAGUCCCUGUGUUCACCUGGGAGGAGAUGGGUCAUGGAGAAGUUCACGUCCAUGCCCCGUUCUGUCAGGAGGCAGCCCUCCCUUGAAGGUAGCAGUGUCAUGGGGAGUCUGAGGAUGUUCCUAGGGGAACUGACCAUGCAAAGAGCUGGGGGGGCACAACCUGGCUUGGUUCCUGGGCCAUGGCAGGAUCAGAGGGAGGUCCCAGACAUACUCUUCCAAGCUCCUGAUGGUGCAAGGAGAGUGUCAGGAUGAAACUUGUGGGCUUAUUCCCCAUCUUAUCAGGAAAGGUGGUUGCAUUUCACAAAGGCUGCCUGUUUGCUUCCUUCUGCUUCUAGCCUGCACCCCUGUAGCUGGGAGGAGAGCCAGCUCUCGGCGUGACCGUCCUCCACGGCCAGGCCGGCAGGCUGCGGCACAGCUGGCAUGCGAGAGGUGCUGAGGACAAGAUGCCAAAGUAAAGAGGAGAUGAUGGAGUCUCUGGUACUCUUCCGUAAGCGCCACACACCUGGCACCCAUUAGCAGAGGCCUCUGUUUUGGGAGCUGUGGUGAGGGGACACGGCCAAUACAAGGAAGGUGGAUGCUGCCUCAAGUUAUCAACCCACUUUGGGGAGCCCGAGGCUGAAGAUGCACUUAUAACAGGGUGCCAUGUAGCUUCUCGGGGGACAAGCUGAAAGCCCAGAGGGUCGUUGGUACCUUCCUCCAGGGCCACAGGAUCUAACCCCACCAUUUUCUUGAGACCUCCACCCCACUCUCCCAGGAGGCAUGCACCUGGAUCCAACCUCAGGCCAGCAACAGAGGGGUGGCAGGGUGGCUACCCAGCCUCCUGCAGAAAGGAAUAAGGGCAGCCCAUCAGUGCCGCUGGAGGCAGGAGGGGGCAGGAUGGAGAUCCCGAUGCCAUGACUGAGGGGCAUGGAGUGGUGGCCAGCACAGGCGAGGGUUUUCUGGAGCCAGGCAACUGGGGACAAAUGGAAAAGAUGUGGUCCAGGGUGUAUGUGGCCAUGAUCUCCCCUGAGGGCAGAGAACAACAGGGCUAUUAAGACGGCAGUGCUCGGGGAGCAUGGGGCUGCCAUCAUGUCAAACCUUCAGGGCCUGAGUGAACCCAGAGCCCCGUCUCUUCCCCUCUAACACACCUGGCCCCUACAAGAGAGCAGGAGACCCCCCCUGCACCCAACGUGCAAGGCUUCUGCCCCAGUCCUAGGCAAAAGCAGCCCCUCCAUCCUCCUGGAAGAUCCCAAGGACAGGGCAGUUGUGCUGGGAGGUUCAUGACAUGGCAUGGAUCUGGCCACCCAUACAGCUGUCUGAGGCAGGCUGUGAUACCCCUGCCCUCCAUCCAUAGUGCAGCUUCCAGGGAUGCAUGGAGGGCUCAGGGAUCAAGACAUGGGGUAUCUCCCCUCUUCUCCAUCCACAGUCGCUGUUGAAGCUAUUGCCUGGUUGGCACGUUCAUCAGUUCCCUGCUAUCCAGGUGCAACCCCAGCCCUGUGGCCAGAAGCCUCUUCAAAAACCAAACAGCACAAACACGCAAGAUGCCCUGCUGGGAAAAUGCUUACGGUUUUCAUGGUUCAAUAAAAGAAACUAGAUUUUUGUUAAAAAAAAACAUGGAAAUUGA